CACCGACUUCGCUGCCCCCGCCCCGCCCACCCCUCCGGCGCCACUUGGGUUCGCCUCCCCCUUCAGUCAACAUGAGCGAUCAUGAUAUUUCAGAAGAAAUGGUUAUUAUCAAGACUGAGAAGAUAGACGAAGGCAGCAGUAAUGAUGGAGGAAACUGUGAGGGCCAGGAAUCUCAGCCUUCCCCUCUGGCUCUGCUGGCAGCCACAUGUAGCAGAAUCGAAUCUCCCAAUGAGAACACCGAUGGCUCACAGGGACCACAGGGGGGCUCAAAUGAACUGGACCUCUCUGCUGCUGCAACUCAAAUCUCCCAGAAUGCAAAUGGCUGGCAAAUAAUUUCCACUCCCUCUGGGACUUCUGACUCCCCAAAAGACCAAGGGAGCCUUAGUAAUGAGGAGAAUGAUUCAUCGUCCAAAAGCCGGCCUGCUACCGCUGGACAAUAUGUGGUUACUACCACCCCCAACAUGCAGAACCAGCAUGUCCUGACAGGCUUGUCAGGAAUGAUACCCAACAUUCAGUAUCAGGUGAUCCCACAGUUUCAAACCAUGGAUGGACAACAGUUGCAAUUUGCUACCACCCCUACCCAAGUCAGUGUCCAGCAGGAUGCCUCUGGCCAACUGCAGAUCAUUCCUGGGACAAACCAGCAGCUCAUUGCAAAUAGGUCUGGGACAGGCAAUAUCCUGGCUGCCAUGCCAAAUCUUUUGCAGCAGGCUGUCCCUAUUCAGGGAGUGAGCGCUCUCUCAGGGCAGACUCAGUACGUCACAAAUGUCCCACUGGCUCUGAAUGGCAACAUCACCUUGUUGCCUGUUAACAGCAUUGCAGCCAGUUUAGCACCCACAUCUCAGUCAGUUACUCUCAGCAGCUCUGGCUCUCAAGAGAGCAGCUCUCAUCCAGUGACGUCUGGCACCUCCAUCAGUUCCUGCAGCGUGGCCGCAUCCCAAGCCAACUCCGCCUGUUUCUUUACCAAUGCCAACAGCUACAAUGCCACGACCACAACAGGUAACUUGGGCAUCAUGAAUUUUUCCACCAGUGGCGCUGUGGGAACAAAUGUUCAAGUGCAGGCACCUCAGAGGACAAGCAGUGCUCAAAACACUGAUGCUCUGCAGGUUGCCGGAAUUGCAGUCCAGCAAGGGCAACAGAAGGAUACCGAUCAAAACCAGCAACAGCAGCAGAUCCUGGUGCAGCCUCAGCUUGUUCAAGGUGGGCAAGCUGGCCAGACUUUUACUACCCAAGAUGCCUUGCAGAACUUGCAGAUCCAGGCUCUCCCCAAUGCUGGUCCCAUCUUUAUUCGAACACCCACUGUGGGGCCAAAUGGACAGGUCAGCUGGCAGACUAUUCAGCUGCAAAAUCUUCAGGUUCAGAACCCGCAAGCUCAGACAAUCGCUUUGGCUCCAGUGCAAGGAGUGUCGCUGGGGCAGACCGGGAGCACCAACACAACGCUCACACCAAUAGCUUCUGCCUCCUUGCCCAGUGGUACUGUCACUGUAAAUGCCGCUCAGCUAUCCUCUGUACCAGGCCUUCAGACCAUUAACCUUGGGGCUCUGGGAUCUGGAAUCCAGGUUCAUCAGCUGCAAGGGCUUCCACUCACUAUAGCGAAUGCCACAGGUGAUCAUAGCACCCACCUCAGCCUUCAUGGUACUGGCGGUGAUGGGCUAGCUGAUGAUGGCACCACCCUGGAAGAAGGGGAGACUAGUCCAGAUGCCCAGCCACAGCAAGGCCGAAGAAUGCGUAGAGAAGCAUGCACUUGCCCCUACUGCAAAGAUAAUGAAGGAAGAGGCUCUGGGGAUCCAGGAAAAAAGAAGCAGCAUAUCUGCCACAUGGCAGGCUGUGGGAAAGUGUAUGGGAAGACAUCUCAUCUGCGAGCUCAUCUUCGGUGGCAUACUGGGGAACGGCCAUUUGUGUGCUCUUGGAUGUAUUGCGGCAAGCGCUUCACACGCAGUGACGAACUGCAGCGGCACAAGCGGACCCACACAGGAGAGAAGAAGUUUGCCUGCCCAGAGUGCCCCAAGCGCUUUAUGAGGAGCGAUCACCUCUCCAAGCACAUCAAGACCCACCAAAACAAGAAGGGAGGUGCACCCAACAGUGUGGCCAUGGAUGUGUCUACCGUCUCCAUGGAUGCGGGUGCUUCUGCAGAGGGCGCUGGUGGGGCAACGCCGUCGGCCCUCAUUGCGACCAACAUGGUGGCCAUGGAAGCCAUCUGCUCUGAAGGCAUUGCACGCCUUGCCAGCAGUGGCAUCAAUGUCAUGCAGGUGGCAGAUCUCCAGUCAAUCAACAUUAGUGGCAAUGGAUUCUGAGGCGCUGCGGACUGCAUGGUAGCAGUGUUGUGCAAACAUGGGAUUCUCAAGGUAGCAAUGGGUCCAAGCAAUGAGGUCUUUCAUUACACAAGUGGUGAAAGAUGGGGACUCAGCUGCCCCACCCAGCCUUCAAACUCCAUUUCAGUCUCCCAGGAAUACUAUGUGCAGAAUAAGGCCUGCUUGCUGUUCAGGUCAGCUCUCUUAAAGCCUUAUGUGAAAGCCUGGGGAAAUGGGGACGGCCCAGAGCUGUUUGACUCAUUUUGCUUCGCUUCCCCCGCCUUAUAAAAGUCUCUCUGCCCCCCUUAUUAGGUACCCUGGAUCCCAUCAUGCCUUGGUUUUAAAUGUAUAUGAUCACUGAAAUACUUUUUAGCAGAAAAAAAUCUAUAUUAUUAUAAUUAUUAUAAUUAUUAUUGUAAUUAUAUAAAACUAUAAAAUAUGUUCAUUUUGAUGAGAGAAGUUAAAAUUGCUGUGACCAAAGUUUUUGGUCUUCUUUCGAAUGCCUUAACUUGGAACUCCUUGAGCUGUUAGGCGGCGCUCAGGCUUAUGUUCAGAUGCUAUAUUACAUUUUACAUUUGUAUCUAUAACAACAUUUAGCUUUUUGUAUGCUUGGCUUUUAAGUUUGUUUGUCUUCCCCACCCCACCCCCAGCUGCUCCAUUGGGUAGGGGGGGAACCAGUUCCACCUCUUACUUUUUUAACUUGUUAAUUUUCAUUUUCUCCAUUAGGAGAGAGGCAUGUCUAAGUUCCCAUCAACUAUUUUUUCCCCAGAGUGAUAGGGUCCAUGACCCAUAAUGUGUUCUGAUUUUGCGGCGGGAAGGGGGCACAGAGGAAAAUGAAUAAUUGUGAUUAUGUUUGAGGGCGAUAUUAGGUCUGCAGUCACUUCUAGGUCUCCAAAUGCUACGAAUUUGGCACCAGCAGCAGGGAAGCCCUUUCAGUUCCCAAUGUAAAGCAGUCAGAAUCUCUUAGGAUUCUCACAACUGAGGUCCAGGUAACUUGGCAUGCAGGUGACGAUGUGCCAAAUAUUUUGUGGGGAGCAGUGCUUUUUUAAAAAAGUGGGCUCUUUACAUGUGUGUUGUUGGCUCAAGUAAGGAAAUCUGUUGUAUGGGGCAAAUUGGAUCCUGUUUGGGGUUUUGUCUCUCUAAUAGGCAAAUAUGGCCGUGUAGUAAAAGAAGAACUUUGGGCGUUAGCUCAAGCUCUUGCUUUGUGAUGAAACACUCUAGCAUUUCUCCAGUUUUAUUGAAACUGCCUUUGGCAGUAUUCAGUUAGGUUGUGGGUCCAAAUAACCCAACCCUUGGCCUUGCUGCCCUUCCUCGAGAACUAAUUCUCAUUUGUAAUUGCUCUUCAGCACCUUAGUCCUUCCCAACCAACUUGUUCCCUCCAUUAAUUUGUGCGCACAACGUCACGAGGAAGUGCAGCUGAGUGGUGGUGGCUGGCGGUCAACACAAGCAGUGGAGAAAUGUGUGAGGGCCAAUGUUGAUGGCAAAGGAAGAGACAGAAUGCUAGGAGGGAUGCUUGGAGAGGCUUUGCAGGCCCCCUUUUGAGGCAAAGGACUGUGAUCUGUGCAUUAACAAGCCUCUCAACAGUUUAGGUCCACCUUCUCCAACCAAUGUGUUGGAGUGGAGCUCCCAUGAUUCUCUGCCAGCAUGGCCAAAGAUCAUACUGGCUGGCAAUUAUGGGAGUUGCAGUCCGGCACAUCUCCAGGGCACCAGGUUGGGGAAGGAUGGUUUAAGUAUUUUCCCCAGUGCCCUCUAGCAUUCAGCCUAUGGAGCUGGUCAUUCUCUCCAGUACCAUAGUUGGCCAUACCUUUGGUGCCAUAUCUUUUCUCUUUCCUCUACCUCUUUUCAGCUGUUAAUUAAAGCAAGGCAGCUCUUUCCCAAAUGUGUUAUUGGGACAACUCACCUUCACUUAGUAUUGUGGAAAAAUAGUAAAUAUUGAAUUUCUGGAACGUGGCAGCUUUUGCUAAACAGACCUCAUGAGGUCUGCCUUUAACCUUCUUCAUUAGCAGAUACAGAUGUUUGCCUCUGUGUGCAGGCCACCCUUCCUUGCCUUGAAGUGCUCACAACAGGUCCAUAAAUUGUGGCUGGGCUCGGCAGUCACCAUUUUGUUUUAUUGCCCUUGCUUUGCCCCCAAGUCCCGCCAUAACUGCACUCCUCAAUAGCAACAGCACCAGGUCACAUCUUUUCUCUCUGGCUUCCCCCUACUACUCCAAUCUCUCGUGCCCCCGCUGCUCCUCCUCCCAUGUCCUGCUACCUCCAUUUGCCAGCUUUCCUUCUUUGGGCCAUCACCCCCUGACAGUAGCUGAACUCGACAACAUGUCCUUAAUCCUGUCCUGGGAACAGCCUUGCUAAAGCAGAGGUGGAGGAAAUGGCUCUUCAUCUCACUUAGGAGAUUGCUGGAAUGAAACAUAACAGUCACCACUGCUGCCUGGCAGCUGUGUCUGUGGACUCCUGGUGUUUGCUUGGCUUGUGUGGAGUUGUGCUUUUAUGAUCUGUGAUUUCAGAUUACCUAAGCAAAUCUGCUUGGUGUACAAUAUUUGUUGAAAUGAGGGGGAAUGGAAACCUUUCUUUAGGUCAAAGGUAGUCACCGAAGUUGUGUUCAGGUUUUCUUCAGUUCUCAAAAUCAAAACUUCAGCAACAGGAAAAUGUAAUGUAAAAGACAAACUGUGGUGUGAGUUGGGUCUGUGGUGUGUGCAGUGUAGGCUAAUGAUCGGUCUGAGUUGGUCAUCUUUUCAUUGAGGCAAUAAGAUGAGCCCCUCUUGCUAUGAAAGGGGAGGGAAACGUGUCGUUUUGUGACACUCAGUCCUGACUCCCCUUUCUCACUGUGCUCUUGGUUCAAUUGGCACAACUUGUCAUGCAUAUAUUGAGAUGGAAAGACCAGGGCUACAUCAGUACAAGCCAUUCAUAAUGAAUUAAUAGCUAGACUGGCAAGUGAAAAGUGGUGUGCCUGUGUGUGUGUGUGUGUGUGUGUGUGUGUGUGUGUGUGUGUGUGUUUCAUGAUCCUUAUUAAAAUCGAACUUCCUGUAUCAGCAAAGAAAGGGACACCCUUGCAUCCAGAUGUCUUGUGUUCUCCCUAUUACUGAUGAAAAGUUUUGAGUAAGUGUUCAUUUACAUGUGUACACUAAAUCCCCAAAGAUACGUUGAUAUCCAAAAGAAUUAAUGACCCUGGGCAACAGACUAUUCAAUAAAACCUAUUUAAUAAAAUCUGGAAUUGCACCUGUAAAAGCUGACCCUCUCCAAGCAAAAGUAAAGAGGAUUAUUGCUUUAUGCACACUAUAUGCAUUUCAGUCACUUAUAGAGAAACUAGUGAAAUUUAUAGUGGCAAACGUGGGAAGGGUUGUUCAUCUUAUUGUAGUCCUGUGAGAAGACUCACAGGACUAAAAUUAGUCCUGGGGGAAAACUCCUCCUUGAGGAUGUAUCUCUGCUAGACCAGAUCUGUAAACAGUGUGCCCUUCUUAAUGCAAGAUCAACUUGUUGGCAAAACAAGGGAUGAUUUGGCGGAUGUGUCUUCUCUGAACCAGAGUCAAGAGGGGUUUCUGCGCAACUGGGCUUUAGGGUCAUUCUGACCAGAGCUGGGCAUUCCAAAGAAGCAAGUAUUUUAGAAGAAUGAGUGACUCUGUUAAUUUUGAGCAUUUAAGUCUGCUUUUACAAUGGCAGAUCUCAGACUUCUAUCAAAAACAAGGUAGCAAUACUGUUACUGAAAUGAACUGAAUGCAUGCAUCCUUUUGGGAUGGUGGAGGAAGUAGAUGUUUUAGGUAAACAUAUGCCAUAUGAAUGGCAAGCAGCAAUGCAAAACUACUCCAAAAUACAAUUUGGUGGUUUCUUACUCCUUUAAUCUUAGUGCUUCACAUUUAUCUUGACAGUUUCUCUAAAUAUUCCUUUUUUCUUGUCUCCUUGAAUGCCAGAAACUGUUAAUUUGUAAUUAAAUGUCCUCAGUGUUAACUUUCUAAGAAAUGAAUUGACCUCUGAAAUGUUUGGGGAAAGGAUAUUCCUGCAAUCUAUCUCAGUCAUACUUUUUGUGGGCUGUAGACCAUAAGUGUUCACCCAGUGCCUUGUCCAUCUGCACAAAAAUGUCUAUUCAUAUUUCUUAUACACAUUUUCGGUAGUUUGAAAACAUGAUACACUUUCCAGGGGAUAGCCGUGUUAGUCUAUUACACAAAAAGCAACCCACAGUCUUGUGGCACCUUAAA